CGCUUACUUCCAACCAUUGGCCUUUCCAAAACCGUCCCAAACGACGAGCAAACAUGGCUCCUUUUGAGAAAUCCAUGGAGAUGACGCCCUUCAAGCAGAGGAAAUGCCUCGCGACGAGAAAAGAUGAAGUGUGCACUAUUCGGUCUAAAUUCCCCAACAAGCUGCCAGUGAUAGUUGAACGUUACGUCAGAGAGAAAAGCCUCCCACUGCUGGACAAAACAAAGUUUCUGGUUCCCUUUGAGCUAACGUUGGGUCAGUUCCUCUGCCUUCUCAGGAAUAAGAUCGCUCUGGACCAGACCCAGACGCUGUUCCUCCUGGUGGCAGAGCGGAGCAUGUCCUGCAUGUCCUCCAGCAUGAGGGACAUCUACUCCCGCUUCAGAGACGCCGACGGCUUCCUGUACAUCACCUACGCCUCUCAGGAGGCGUUCGGAGGGCCUCGGUCAGCAGACAAGCCGCCUCACUGAGGCAGAUUUUGACUAAAUGAACUGAAAUCACAAAGGGACGAACUGAGCCAAAUGAGACACACUUUUAAAAUCCAGCACUGCUGCUUCACAUCUGCCUACCUCAAUAAACUGUCAAAGACCUCGUCUCAGACUCUGCUGACAUUAGAGGACAACAUGAUGAAGACUCCAGCCAAAACUUGCAUAAUGUAGACAAACAUUUUGUUUUUAAUUGAAAAAAAUCUCCUUUGGAUUUUUUUUUACCCAUGUUCAAAUUAUAUAAAAUGAUUGUACUUUGUAAUGUUUUUUUUCUUUCUGUUAAAAGCUUUGAAAUGUGUGUUCUUGCAUUUUCCACACUGUUGCAGCGUGAGCUCAUUAUGAAUCCAUCUAAAGCCACCAAACUGUCUCCCGUCUGAGCACUUAUUUCUUCUUUCUAUUCCCUUUUUAUUUAAAAAAUAUACUUCCUCAGCUUCCCUCAAAGAAUGUGAAUCCCUCCCUCAGGCUCAUUAUUAAACACAGAAGCGCUUUUAGGUGUCUGUUUGUGCUGUUCUGAUGUGUUCUGGGUCCAAAGCACCAAAAAUAUAUUCCUAUUUCAUCCUA